AUGUUCUUCGUACACGAACUCGAGCAAACCAUCACCAUCCACCCUUCUUUCUUCGGACCGAAUAUCCACGAGCAUCUUAUCAACAAGCUGAUUCACGAUGUUGAGGGAACGAACACGGGCAGUUACUUCAUCGUUUGCAUAAUGGACCAGACAUGGCAAAUCUCAGAAGGCCGCGUAAUUCCUGGUAGUGCACACGCCGAGUACACUAUUCACUAUGAAGCCGUUGUGUGGAAACCAUUCAAAUUUGAAGUGCUGGAUGGCACAGUGUCCUCUGUGAUUGACAAGGGAUUCUUUGUGGACAUCGGCCCUCUCAGCGCGUUUGUUUCUAGAAGUAUGAUACCGCCAGAGAUCAAGUUCGACGCAAACUCGACGCCCGCGCAGUGGACAGACAACAAUGAGCAGGUUAUCGAGAAAGGCACUCAAAUUCGGGUGAAGGUCAAGGGCGUCCGCGCUGAGGUGGACCGCAUGUACGCCAUCGCAACCAUCAAAGAGGUAAGCAUUGCUUCCAGAGCUUACAUCGUGCCGCGAACUCCGCUAAUAUGCCAUUCCGUUGUACAGGACUAUCUUGGGUAA